ACACAAAGCUGAAAGUACAAGCAGGACGGAAAGUGAAACCGGGCACAGCCCCCAGUAUAAGACCCCCCCUACCCAGGAGAUGGCUGACCAAAGAGGCCGGGCCCCGCCAUGGGCCAGACGGCAGGCAACCUUGGCUGGCGGCUCAGCCUGUUGCUGCUUCCCUUGCUCCUGGUUCAAGCUGGUGUCUGGGGAUUCCCAAGGCCCCCAGGGAGGCCCCAGCUGAGCGUGCAGAAGCUGCAGAGGGAGUUCACGGUCAGCCUGCAUCUCGCCAGGAAGCUGCUCUCCGAGGUUCGGGGCCAGGCCCACCGCUUUGCGGAAUCUCACCUGCCAGGAGUGAACCUGGACCUCCUGCCCCUGGGAGAGCAGCUCCCUGAUGUUUCCCUGACCUUCCAGGCCUGGCGCCGCCUCUCUGACCUGGAGCGUCUCUGCUUCCUCUCCACCACGCUUCAGCCCUUCCGUGCCCUGCUGGGAGGGCUGGGGACCCAGGGCCGCUGGACCAACACGGAGAGGAUGCAGCUGUGGGCCAUGAGGCUGGACCUCCGCGAUCUGCAGCGGCACCUGCGCUUCCAGGUGCUAGCUGCAGGAUUCCACCUCACGGAGGAGGAGGAGGAGGAGGAGGAGGAGGAAGAGGAGGAGGAGGAGGAGAGGAAGGGGCUGCUCCCAGGGGCACUGGGCAGUGCCUCACAGGGGCCGGCCCAGGUGUCCUGGCCCCAACUCCUCUCCACGUACCGCCUGCUGCACUCCUUGGAGCUCAUCUUAUCUCGGGCCGUGCGGGACUUGCUGCUGCUGUCCAAGGCCGGGCACUCAGUCUGGCCCUUGGGGUUCCCAACACUGGGCCCCCAGCCCUGAUUGGGUGGCUUCUUAGCCCCCUGCCCCUCACCCUUUAGUACUUUAGGACUGGAGUCUUGGCAUCAGGGCAGCCUCUGCAUCAUCAGCGUUGGACAAGGGAGGGCUCUUCCAGCCCCCUGCCCCAGGCCCUACCCAGUAAUUGAAAGCCCCUCUGGUCCUUGCCAGCUAUUUAUUUCUUGGAUAUUUAUUUAUUGUUAGAGAGAUGAUGGUUUAUUUAUUGUUUCGGAGCCUGCUGGUCCUCCUCAGGCUGAGCCCCUGUGCUGGGUGCCCAAUAAAGCACUCUCAUCCA